UCUUUUCCUGUUUCUCUUUGUAACAAAAUGGCUGAGUUUGAUCUGACUACCACGCUUGGACAAUAUUUAGACCGACAUCUGGUGUUUCCUUUGUUGGAGUUUUUAACUGUUAAAGGGGCUUGCAAACAGCGACAUGUCGAAACAAGUAAAGAUAUGACUUGUAGUAUUUGUUUUGAGAAGGUAAAAGAGAUCUCUACAAAUAGCUAUUUUGCCAUACAGGAAAAUUGUAACCACUGCUUUUGCUUUAACUGCCUUGGAUUAUGGCAAAAUAACACGGCUAUGGCGAAUAAUGAAGCCUGUCCAGUGUGCAGAACACCCUCUGGGUAUGUAAUAAAUUACGAGUAUUGGGUAACCUGCCCAAAGUCAAAGCGAGCAUUGAUAGCUGAAGUGCAGAGACUUGAGCUUUACGAUGAAAAAGAAAUGCUUAUGGGCAAGCUUGAUCUCCUUAGCAACACCAACAUGGUUGACUUUGCUAUGGAUGUGCACAGAAACUUGUACCCUGAUCAGGCUGUUCCUCAAGUAUUGAAAGAUAAACGUCAGGAAGUUGUGGCACAAUUAAAAAACCUGCAAGCAAAGACAGAUAGCAUUACUGAAAUAUUUGAACAACAAGAAGUUCAAAGACAGAUUCAGGCUUCCAGGGAUGGCAGGCAGCUCUAUGAUUUUUUAUCCAAAGAGUAUGGGUUUAAACAUGACAUGAUUAACACCCUUUAUGAUUAUGCCAAGUUUCAAUAUGAAUGUGGUAACUAUUCUGGGGCUGCAGAGUUUCUUUAUUUCGUCAGGGUUUUGAUACCCCCUAAUGAUCGCAACUUUUUAAAUGCUUGUUGGGGAAAACUGGCUUCAGAGAUCCUUAUGCAGAAUUGGGAUUAUGCAUUAGAGGAUUUGAACAAAGUCAAGGAUCUAAUUGAUGGCAAUUCUUUCAACUCUGACUUGAUGACAUUACAACAGAGAACUUGGGUCAUCCACUGGAGUUUAUUUGUGUAUUUCAAUCACCCAAAAGGAAGAGAUCUCAUUAUAGAUCAGUUCUUGUACACACCUACAUACCUAAAUGCUAUACAGACGACUUGUCCUCAUGUGUUGCGUUACCUUACUACUGCAGUCAUUACCAACAAACAGAGAAGAAGAGCUGUUCUUAAAGACCUUGUCAAAGUCAUUCAGCAGGAGUCUUACACUUACAAAGAUCCUAUUACAGAAUUUGUGCAAUGCUUGUAUGUUGAUUUUGAUUUUGAUGGUGCCCAGAAAAAAUUGCGAGAGUGUGAAACGGUUCUUUAUAAUGACUUCUUUUUGGUGGCUUGCCUGGAAGACUUUAUUGAAAAUGCCCGUCUUCUGAUCUUUGAGACCUUUUGUCGUAUACAUGAAUGUAUCAGUAUCAGCAUGCUGGCUGAGAAGUUAAACAUGAGUCCUGAUGAAGCAGAGAAAUGGAUUGUAAACCUCAUACGAAAUGCCCGUUUGGAUGCAAAAAUUGAUUCAAAAUUAGGUCAUGUUGUUAUGGGUACCCAGGCAGUGUCACCAUAUCAACAAGUGAUAGAGAAGACCAAGAACCUGUCAUUCAGAUCACAAAUGUUAGCCCUCAAUAUAGAAAAGAAACUUGGAAACCGUGGUGGUCAAGAUAAUCAGUGGGCAGGUCAGGAGUAGUCAGUCAAACAGAACUUGAUAUUGUCCUGCUGGAACUACAGAAAUACUAACCUUUAGUAAUUUCCGUUAUUUUGUAAUAUCAAAAUUAAGUAAUCCACUUUUGUUAAUUUGUUUUUUAGAGAAGGAAAUGAACAUAUGUAUUGUUCUCUUGCUACGUUGUAUAUGGAAGUUGUACACAAGUCUUGUAAAUAUAUUUUAUUGUCCCAACACUGCUGUCUGGCAGAUGAGACAUAACGAAAACACUGAUAUACCUGGGUUGGGUCUUAAGUUUCAGAGAAUGGGAUUUGUCUGUUGUUUUAAACAUUCUUUACAGCUUAUAAAAAUAAAUUAUUUUGUUUAUCAUAUAA